AUGAAAAUAAUAGAAGCUAUGGAAACGAAUUCGCCGACUCUAAUAACUUACAACGGUAAAAAAGUGCAUAUAACCCAAAAGAUUAUCGAUAAAUACAAACAUUGUAAAGUCAGAGACGAUAUAGACUUAGAAAGAAUUGAUGAGAAUUUAACUAAAAAAGGUGGAUUUUUACCUUUCUUACCUUUAAUCUUUGCUGGUUUAACUGCAGCUGGUGCAGCUACUGGAGGAAUAUCUGCCGCAGUCAAAGCUGCCAACGCAAAUAAAGCAGCUGCAGUAAAAGAAGCUGAAGAACGUAGACACAAUUUGGCAAUGGAAAGAGAAGCACGAGGAGGUUCGGGAAUAGGAGAUAUAUUAGGGACGGUUAAAGAAUUCGGACAAAGAUUUGGCGAAGAAACCAAGAAAACCGUUAAAGAGGGAUUAUGCAAAUUAAUAGAUAAAUCGACACCGGAGAAAUGA